GGCUUCUCACCCACGUGGACAAGGAAUGACAGUCAGCUAGCUCAGAGCUGGGACUCACUUUAAAAGAAACUCUUGAGGGUAGAGUAUUGCGGGGCAAGAGUGAGGUGGUUUUUGGUCCAGCCGUACUGAGGAACACACCAUGGGCAUGGAGCAGAUACCCAGCUCAGCAUUUCAAAUGCCGACGAGCUAAGAAUGAAAAGAACCUCAGAACGAAGUGAUGACAACAACAACUUUUGGUGUGUUAUGGGAGAGGCUGGAGGACGAAGGAUCGGGCAAUGUGGUUGUCGCAAAUACCAGGAGGUUCAAAGGUUGUCGUGUGGACUUCAGACAACAGUGGAGAGGGCUAUGUGGUUCGUAUCAGCGGUGGCAAUGCUUGUCAUUGCUUGCAAGGUAUCCUCACUAAUGGCCGUGUUAAGCUCCUCCUCUAGAAGUGGCACAGUUGUUACAGACGAGGAAACGCAAGUCAGUGAGAGACUGCAUAGUGGACAGCAACCUGAGUGUGCUCAAUCUAGUCAUCAUCAAGAAAGGUUGGUGGAGGAGCACUCUAAAACACUGGAGAGGGUCACUGAACUAUGGAAGCAGAAGUGGCCGGUCAAUUGGGACGAUGCGUGGGAGGAGAAGCACGUAUCGAUUGACCUGGACUCGCCUUCAUCGGUGAAUCAGGGCGGACCUGCCGAAGGUCAACUAAAGGUUGGUGACAUCUUAGAGUCAGUGAACGGCAUCAACCUGGACAAUGCCGACCACAGAGAGGCAGUGAGGGCAGUCAGAGACGAAGAGGACCCUCAGCAUUUGCUAACAACAAUGGCCACCUUCCUUCAGUGUAUGUGUCCCGUCCCCUCACACAUCUUCCGUAAGCGUAAGAGUGCGUAUCCCAUCGUCAUGGGUAUCGUACAAUCAGUGAACUCUGUACCCCACCCACCCCCUCCUCAAGUGACAGUGGUCAACACUGAGACACUCGAGUAUUCUCUCUACUUCACGAGCAAAGAGAUCUGAUCUUGGAUUCAAAUGACGUGGCCCCAUCCUGAGGCUUGAGAUUGAGCGACCUCACAAGAACAACCGGUCAUACCUCGGUCAAGCUCUCCCGGCAAAGAACAGUGCUGAAAGGUGCUGAAAGUUGGACGGACAGUAAGCUAGAGGUUGUCGUGGGCCAGUACUAUAGUACUCGGACUAUUCCUGAGGUAUCACAUGACUCAGAGCCGCUGAGUGAAGCCAUUGCCCAGAGGAGGACCUCAUUCACCAACUAUAAGCCUCAGAGCAGAGAGAGCUACAGCUCACCAGACUCAAUUAAAGGACUAUUCCUGUGAAACAGAGUCUCAGGAUAGCAGUGGCAACAAGCCCACAAAGCUGGUCUCUAUGGUAACUGCCGUCAAGCGUAACCAUGACAGCGGUGCGGAGGCAUAUCAUCCGCAACCCUCCCAGCAACAACCACCGAGGCCUACAUCUGACGGUGUUAUAUAUGGCAACUUCAAUGAGAGGAGGAUUGAAUAUGAGGAAGUGCUCUUGUCUGAGCGUACUGAUAGCCAGUACUCACAGUCUUAAAGCUAUCUCUCUGAGAGUAGCUACUAUGGUGGACUGAGCAGCACUCAGAGUAGCGAUCUCACCUUCCACUCCUUCCAGACCACCCCCUCACAUAACAGAUUGACUGUGGACACAAUGAUGACGACGCAGGCUCCCACACAGCAUCACAGUGACGAGGAGGAGGGCACAGGUGUCGGCUUUAUGGCACGUGACGAUGCCUCAAGGUUACAUUGUACAGGGUUCAGUUGAGAACAGUCACUGCUCCCCCCUCCCGUGAUGGACAGUCCUAGGGCUUCCACCCCCAGAGAGCUACCCACACCUGUCAAGACUGCUAAGCCAGAGAGGGAACAGAUACACAAAGGAAGGCUGUUAGAUCUGUGCCCGGCCCUACACUGUGUUCCGAUGGUGUCCUGGUGCUAAGAUGCGCUACAAGAGAACAGAGGUCUGCCAAUCAUGUGCCCAACUCAAGAACGUCUGUCAAACCUGUCUUCUUGGUGAGCCCUGUCACUAUAUAACUCUCUCUCUGUUGCUAUGAUGACACACAAUCAUCAGUACACUGCUUCCUAGAACAACUUUUUUCAAGUCAUGAAUUAAUUUUGUAUAAAAAGUCUCACAGUAUAUCUAUCCAGGGUGUCAUACAGGAUUUUGAAAAUUAAUUUUAGCAUUAAAAGUCUGUCACUCUUAAAACUAAUAACUUGUUGUGUGUAUGGAGGCUUUAACCGAAUAGCCGCGGUUAUGAUUUCAUACGUAGUACCGCCCACCGCGGAUCAGGAUCUCCUGGACUACAACGGAAUUGUCAACCAGCCAAUGCCACAGCGAAGGAUCCUUUUAGAGGUAACUUCCUAGCAAACUAGUCUACAGCAGUUACUCUGUCAGGAUCUCCUGGUUUCCAAUGGAACAGUCUACCAGCCAAUGCCACAGCGAAGGAUUAAUUCAGAGCAUUCGCCUCGUGCAAAGAAAGAUGCAACUAACUUUUAGGCAACUGCCUAGCAUUCUCUGUCGGGAUCUCCUGGUUUGGAACGGACCAGCCAAGGCCACAGCACUUCAUAGAUGGCAACGACCUCUGCGUACAUCCUGGUGGUGAAGAGGGAAGUGAGCUAUUCCUAGCGAUUUCAAGGGUGUCUUGCUCUUUUUGGAGCAGUAGUCGCCAAUUAGCUUCUUGGCCAACUCGUGACGAAAUGAGAGGAGGGUUUUCAGUGCGUUGGGCAUCUGUAGUACCCUCUGAGCUGAUCCCCUCUGUCGACACCCCCCAUGAAGUGAUUAUAGUCCUCAAUGCUCUGUGGGACGGGACGGAGAUUUUUUCGCCUGUCUUGACUGUACGUUGUACAGAGAUGACCGAAGUGGCGUCAGAGGCUGUGGAGAUCACACGGACAACCCUAUUGUCGCUGAGACCGUCACCUUUUUCUUUCUGGAGAGUCAUGUAUUCCCCCCUGAAAAGGUAAAUAAUAAUUAUGCUUAUUACUUACUGUCAGCUUUGGCUGCUUGAGAGCCUUGGGGAAGCCUCUGCGGUCAGCGCGAGCUGUACCACAAGCAUAAAUGCCAUCCUUCUCCAAGUCUUCUAACAGUUUGACAGACGUGAAAAAGUUGUCAAAAUAGACGUGGUGGUGCUUGUGCUUCAACGAGGCUGUGAGGUCUUUCACAACUCGUGCUCCCAGUUGCUUCUCUGGUGUGGCUUCUCUCCCUGUAUACACUUGUAGCAUUUGGAAGUACCCGUCUGCUAGGACCCAAACCUUGAUUCCUCUCUUCACAGGUUUAUUUGGGAGGUACUGUUUCAGUGCAGAUCUACCCUGAAACUUUAUCAUUGCCUCGUCUACUGCAACUUCACGGCCUAAGUUGUAUGCAGCAGAACAGCGCUCGUUGAUCUUAUUGAAGAGGGGGCGUACUUUGGCCAAACGAUCGCUACCUGGGGUGCCUGGAGUCGGGAGAGUGGUGUUGUCCGUGAAAUGGAGGUAUCGUCGGAUGUCCCUAAAGCGAUCGCGUGAGAUCUUCGAUGCAAUUGUGGUAAAGAAAUGCUGGAAUAUGUCUAAGGGAGAACUUGAGAUGGAUACAGCUGGGCCUACAGAUUGGAUGAAGGCCUCUCGAGAAUGGUCUUGAAGGGUGGGAGUCCAAGGGCAGGGGGAACUGUUUCAGCACGGACUCACAGUCACUGCAGCAGGCUCUCUGUUACCUGCACUGUCAGGGGAUUGUUCACAAUGACCUGAGACUGCCGGGUCAUGGCAUCAUUAAGAGGUCGCAGACUCAAGGUGUUGUGGGGAAAGGCCCAGACCACCCCCUCCCUGGGGGUCAAGGGUCAACAGACGCUAGCCCCUGUACCAGGACUACCAGCAGCCCCGCCUCCUUUGCCCUUUGACCCCUUUGGCCUGAGCUCCAAGGCGACUCCCCCUCCUCCUCCUGGGGGAUUUCCCCCACCACCACGCCCACCACAAAUAUCACAUGUACUGGGAUCCCGCCCACCACACGUGUCACAACUACUCGGACCACCACCACCGCCACCAGGAUUCCCUCCUCCUGCUGGCGGGUACUACCCACCACCACCAUCGAGGGGAUUUCCCCCACUAGGGCCACGCCCACCUACGCUCCACUAUCCCUCUCAGAGUCCACUCCAUCUCGGGGCAAAGAAAUAACCUCUCUAUUGUAUUGGACUAGAGAAAUGGACUGCUAGUAAUAACAUAAUACUAAUAACUAUUAUUUCCACUCGUACUUGUAUUUCUGAUCAUGUGAACUGUGCACAUGAAAUUGCAAUUGACCUAAUCAUUAAUUA